AUGACAAAGACAGCGCGUACUGGUAUGUUUGUGUGUAUGUUAGUCUACUUGGCGCUGUCGACAGUGGCCGGAGACACCCCCGCAAACUGCACAUACGAGGACAUUGCAGGAGAAUGGGUGUUCCAAAUUGGACCAGGCAACAAUCACCGAAAUAUAACAUGCAAUAACUUCUCAGUAAUACACAAACAAAAAGUGAAGUUAAUAUACCCUAACAUUGCCAUUGAUCAGUUCAACAAUAGAGGAUUCUGGACCCUUAUCUAUAACCAGGGAUUUGAAGUUGUUGUUGCCGGCAGAAAAUAUUUUGGAUUCUCACGUUAUGAGGGAGCUGUCAGUUACUGUGAUACAGUCAUUGGUGGUUGGUCGCAUGAUGUCCGUGGGCAUGACUGGGCAUGCUACAAUGGGAAGAAGUCCACGUCUGCUGUUAAAAUUAGUGUAGUCCCUAAAAGUGAUCACAGUUUGAAGUUUAGUCACAGCAUAAAUUCAGAAGAAAUGGUAGCUUCUAUCAACAAAGCACAGACAUUUUGGAAAGCGACCAGAUAUUCCCAGUUUGAGGGUCUUACUAAUGAGGACUUCAUCAGUAUGGCAGGAGGUCGUGGAUCUAGAAUUUUGAGUCGUCCUAAGUCAGCGCCUCUAACAGCUGAGCAUCGGAAGCUCAUGGCGAGUCUCCCACAACAGUUUGAUUGGAGGAAUGUCGAUGGCGUCAACUUUGUUUCGCCAGUCAGGAACCAAGGUGGUUGUGGGAGCUGUUAUGCUUUUGGUUCUCUAGCUAUGGCUGAAGCACGUGUUCGUAUUCUCACAAACAACACACAGAAGCCUGUAUUCUCUACACAGGAUAUUGUGGAGUGCAGUCCUUAUUCCCAAGGUUGUAACGGUGGAUUUCCUUAUCUGGUUGGUGGUAAAUAUGCAGAAGAUUAUGGUUUGGUCUUGGAUGCUUGUAAUCCAUAUACUGGAGAAGAUGGAAUCUGCAAAACAAAUACAAGCUGUCCACGCCACUACUUUACUGACUACAGAUAUGUAGGUGGCUACUACGGAGGCUGCAAUGAAGCUUUAAUGAAGAAAGCAGUGUACACUAAUGGUCCCCUUGCUGUGAGCUUCGAGGUGUACAAUGAUUUCAUGAAUUACGAGUCUGGAAUAUACGUACACAAGAGGCAUGGCGUACAGAGCGACCGGUUCAAUCCUUUUGAAAUUACAAAUCAUGUUGUCCUUAUAGUUGGCUGGGGUGUAGACACAAAUUUGGGAGAAAAAUACUGGAUUGUUAAAAAUAGUUGGGGCACAUCUUGGGGUCUAAGUGGUUAUUUCUGGAUCCGUCGUGGAACUGAUGAAUGUGGCAUAGAAAGCAUUGCAGCUGAAUCAACCCCUGUGUUUACAUUUAAUAAUUGA